AUGUCUGUUCUUGAUUAAAAUGAAGACCCUUUAUAAAGCCCUCAUAUAGCAAACUCAUUGGUUUUAAUAAGUAAAAGAAAUCUCCACAAUGAAGAUGAUGAGUUUUUGACAAAUUUUAAAACUAAACAAUCUUAAUUUAAUAUGCUAGAAAAAAUAAAGAUUUCUCAUGAUGCAAGUGAGUAAAGCAUAGCUUCUUAAGAUGAUUCUGAUGAAUUUAAUGAUUAAUAAGGAUUUAAAAAUAGGGUUUGGAAGGAGAGAGCACUUAAUGUAAUAGUUCUUGUUGCCCGGUUUGUUACUUACCUAUUAACUAAUUCGGAUAAAUUUAAGUUGAGAUAUUUAGAUCAUAGACAAUUUAAAGUGAUUGGAGAUAAAGCUGCCGAUUUUAAUUUUUAUUUGAAGCAUAAAUUAAUAAGAGCAAGGGAAAAAGGAGGAUCAUGGGUUAUUAAUUAAUACUAUAAUAGUUAGCCUUUUAAACAAAAAUAAAAAUGUAUAUGAAUUUUUUGAGUAUUUUUUCUGCGAUUAUUAGACCAAUAAAGCCAGACAAUAUCUUAAAAUUAUAAUGGGAUGUUAUUGUAUUCUGUAUUCUUUUAAUCAACAUAAUAUACAUACCUUUAAAAAUUUCUUUUGAUAUAACAGUGGGCGAUGGAGUAGAUUUUUUUCUUGACACUCUGCCUUAAUAUGUUUUUGUGUUUGAAAUUUUGUUGAAUUUUAAUGUUGCAUAUUAUUCACGUGGAGUACUUGUUUUGAAUAGAGGAUAAAUCUUUAAACAUUAUUUAAAAGGAAAGUUUAUUUUAGACUUUAUAGUUAUAAUCCCAUUUGUGAUUGGUAGAUAGAAUAUACCUUAUAUAGAGUUUGUUUUAUUAUUUAGAGUUUCAAGGGUAAGAAUUAUAUAUUAAAGAUUAGGUUAUGCAUAUUUUUGAGAACAUCGUUGAAACUCUAAAUUUAAGAGUGAAUUUUGCAUCUACAGUAGAUAUUAUAUCACUAAUGUCAACAUUUUUAUUUGCAUCUCAUAUUAUAGCCUGUUUUUGGCAUUUUAUAGCUAUUUAAGAAUAGGAAUUCGAGACUAAUACAUGGAUACAGAGAGCCCAAUUAUAAGAUGAUAAAUGGUAGGCACGUUAUAUUACUAGUUUUUAUUGGGCAUGUAUAACAACUUUAACUAUAGGAUAUGGAGAUAUUAUUCCAGUAAUAAUUUAAAUAUAUUAUUAGGUAACAAAAUAUGAACAAGUUUUUGUGAUCUUUGUUACAUUAUUGAGUUCAAUUAUCUUUGGUUACACUAUUUCAAGUAUAGGAUCUAUUUUUGCUCAGAUGAGUGAGAAUAAAAAUUAUCUUAGAGAUAGAAUGACUAUGAUUGAUUCUUUUCUUAAAAAAAGAGGAUUAAAUAAAGACUUAUAAGUUAAAGUAAAGAAGUUUUUUGAAUAUUAUCUUAAAUAAGAAAGAGAUACAGAAUCUGAAUGUGAAAAAUUAAUGAUUCAUCUAUCAGGAAAUCUCAACAAAGAAGUUAAAAUAGACUUUUAUAAAAAUUUAUUGUAGAACUCUAAAUUAAUUAGAUAAAACUUUUCUUAACAAUUUAUUGAAAAAUUAUGUAUUUUGGUUAAAGAAUAAACCUUUGUACCAGAGGAGAUUAUAUCUAUUGAAGGGUAAAAUAUAUAUCAUUAGUAGAUAAAAAGUUGAUCGAAUCUACUUUAUUUUAAAAGGAGAAGUAGAAGCAUAUGUUAGCAAUAACAAAAUUAUUAAAUUAUAUUAAAGAAAUUCAGCAAUUGAUGAAAAGUCAUUCAUUUCUUAACAUCCCGCUUAAUUUUCAACUAGAGCUGUAAAAUUUUCUAAAUUGGCUUACAUUACAUAUGAUGAUCUUUUAGAGCUAUUAAAAUAUAAUCAAAAAGAUAGAGAACAUUUUUAUUAUGUUAAACAUUAGAUUGAAUUCAAUGGAAGAAUUAAAAUGGGAGGAUGUGAAUUAUGCCGUCAAAAUCAUACUUUUACUUGUUGUCCAUUUGUAUUCUAUACUCCUAAUUGUCUAAGAUUAUUUAAGAAAAAUGAUCAUGAUGAAAAACAAAAAAGAAAAUUUAUCACUAGAUUGAGAAUGAAUGAAAAAAUUCACAAUGUAAUGUAAAUUAAUUAUUAAUUAAUAGAACACUUUUGGUUAAUUGAGAAAUCUUUAAUCAUCUAUUUUUAAUUUUUGUGCAACUUAAGGUUAUUUCAAUGAAAUUGGACCUAAUUCUGAAUAUAUUAUCUCAAAUAAAUUUCAUAUGCAAUAGGAUUCUGCUGUGGAAGAUUAGGAAGCAAGUGAUUAAAAUUCAUUAUAAGAUUCAGAUAAAAAAAUAUCUUCACAGAAUUUAUUAUUAUAUAAAAGAGAAUCAAAAAGAAAGGAUUCAGAUAUUUAAAACAAAGAUGAAAAAUCAAGUAAAUCUAGAAAAAGGCUAACUAGAAUUUCUGUCUAAAAAAGUAAAUAAGAAAGAGAUUCUACUCCUUUAGAUAAAAAAAUCAAAUCAGGUAUUAAAAGAGCAACAUUGCUCAUAAAUCAAAUGAAAAUGGAACAAAGUUAAAAAAUUGAAGAAGAUUUAAAUUAAUUUUAAUCUUCUUUACCAUUAAAUUUGUAAUAAUAAUAAUAAUAAUAAUAACAAUAACAAUAAUAAUAUCUAUCAUAACAAUAACAACAACAACAAUAAUAAUAAUAAUAACAAUAAUAAUUCUAAUUAUAAUCAAAUUCUUCAGAAUAGCAAAAACUUUAUGAUAUGGAUUAAGUUAUAUUGAUAGAAAUAGAAAUUGCUAAAUUAAUUGCAGCUAAAGAAUGUAAUAUAGAUACUUAAACUGAUAUGGAAUUCUAUGAUACUGGAUUUAACUUAGAAUAAGUAGUAGCCAAAUUAAAAAAGGUUAAGAAAAUUCCUAUAAAAUUAAAAAAAAGAAAAAUGAGAAAAUCAUUAGCAAGAUCUUAUUCCAUUCGGCAUAUUAGCCAAACAAAAUCUUGA